GCAGUGCACUAGCGCAGCAGCCCCAACAGCAUCCUGAAGGCGUUAUUCUAAUAUGUACUGGACUCUUAGGGUAUUGAUGUUUUUUCGAGUGUAGUUGGUCCAUAGGCUGCCAACUGCGUUGGCGUAACUGAUAUCAUUAACAAACUUUCCAUCUAUAGAACAGCCGACGCCGGCGCUGCUGAGCUCCUCGAGAAGGUUGUUUAUAUAUAGGUUGAAAAGGCGAGGAAAGGACAGUCCCGCUUCACCCCACAUUCCAGCCCAUACUUCCCAGAUUGACGUCCAGCCCACCUAACAAAUAAUAUAUUUUAAGGGAGUUGGGGUUGGUAAAUAUACUUACUUUACUCUUUGUUAUACACAUAAACUCGUCAGCAGAGUAGCAUCAACGUUUACUAAUACAUGAAACAUUUACCGCCAUUGUAUUUACCCAUGUGAUCACGUGCAUUUACCAUUAAAAAUACAGGAAAACCAGAUACAAUUCAAAUUCAAUACCCAAUAAUCACUAACGAAUUUCCUUAUAAUCACAACCUUUAAAUAUCCAAGUAAACCAGACAUACAAACAGUUUAUUCCUGAGCUUCAUAAAGAGAAGUUAUAUUGACGGCUGGACUAAGACAAGAGGAAAGCAUUUUCAUCAUGUUAACUUUUAAGUUGAUAUUUUCGUUAGUAGUUCUGGGGUUGGUAGAUGAGGGUGUAAGCAGGUCUGCUGGCGCGGGUCAACUGAGAGGUUCUGAUCAGGAUGUGUCUGGUGGUACCCACGACGCUCCCCACACAUAUAUCACGAGAGGCCAGCCCACCGGCAUCGGUCUAUACCCGUGGGUGGUGCACCUCAACGUAGCCGGCACAGCAUGUGGAGGGUCGCUCAUCAGCUACCGACACGUUCUCACCGCAGCACACUGCGUGGUUCUCCAGCACGCGUAUAGAUACGAGGACGUGAACGUGUUCCUAGCUGAAUACGACACUCGCACACCGACAGACUGCGACGGCGCCCUGUGCGUCCACACCGUAGUGAUGCAGCCUGAGAAAAUCGUCUACCAUAACCAAUACCAACCACAAGUAUUCCAUAACGACAUCGCCAUGUUGACGCUCAGAGGAGACGCUCCUAACACGGACUACAUCCGUCCUAUUCUUCUACCGACUUUCAACAUCAACGAACCUAAAUACGAAGGCACCCCUCUCAUCAUAACCGGCUGGGGUCAAACCGAACACAGCCAAUCAUCUCCCAUCAAACUCCACGCACAAGUCCAAUUAGUAUCCCCUAAUACUUGUAGUAGACACGCGCAGGUGACACCUGGAGUUCUUUGUGCAUCAAGCAAGAAUGGGCAAGAUAUGUGCUUUGGCGACUCUGGUGGACCAAUCAUGUUAGUGCAGGAGGGAAAAUAUUAUCUUACAGGCAUAGUCAGUCACAGGAAUUCACCGUGUGGUUCAUCUGUGCCUUCUAUGUAUACCAAUGUGUAUUCUUAUUUGGAUUGGAUACAAUAUAAUAUGAGGAAUUGAAGGAUGAUGUACCUGUACUCCGCAUUCCAUAAAUAACGAGAAUAAAUAAUAAAAUACUUUUACCUAAAUUGUUAACUGAAAAUACCCUUAAGAAGUAAGUACUAUGUAAGAAUAUACUUAGACAUGUUUAUUUAAAUGAGAUUUAAAUACAGAUGUAAGUAUUUUACUUUCCUAAUAUUCGAAAUGACGCUUCAUUUCGAAUAUUAGGAAAGUAAAAUACUUUUUUAUAAUGGAUGGCUCAUUUUCUAUCCAUUUAACUAAAUUUUGUUAUAAUAUUUAACAUGUGUCAAGUACCCAAUUCGCCACACGACUGAGCGCAGCGGUGUAACUAAAUGCGAUUUUGACACCCAUGUAUUGACCCCAUUCGUAGUGCUCGUAAGGCCGGUCUUUACGAAGUAAUAUACAGGUCUAUGAUUUUAGAUGAGAAAAAGCUCCACUCAGUGACAUUAUUUCGACUUCGAGACAAAAAACAAUCCAACGAAAAUAAUUUUGACCCCUUUACCAUCUUUCAUUUUGUAAUUUCUGUUUGUUAAAAAGAGACAAAAUUUAACAGAGGUUUGCAAGUGGAUUUAUACAUAUAAAACCGGCCAAAAGCAUGUCGGGCCAUGCUCAAUGUAGAGUUUAGUAGUUACCAUCCUCUCAAAAUAGGCCAAAUGGGGGCUAUUAGUAAGUAUCAUGUACAUUACAAGCGUACUUUGAGCGCUUUGUGCGUCUUUUUACUAAGAGAAGAUUUUUUGCAAUAACUCAAAAACGACUGCACCGAUCGUGUUCGCUAUAGUUUUCAUUGAAAGUACUUAUUCAUGUUGUAUUUCACGAUUUUUUCUUUCAUUUUUUUGGACCCAUGUUUCAAAACUUAGAGGGGGGGGGGGACACAUAUUUGAUUUCUUCCAUAAAUAUUAACUGUAUCAAAAAAUGGUUUUUGAAGACCCUGAUUCGUUUUCAAAGACCUACCUAUCCCACGAUACCCAAAACUAUGAACUAUUAAAUUGGGUCUAAGCAAAAAAAUAAAAAUAUUUAUCCAUGCCAAAUUACAGCUUUCUAACACUAACGAUCACGGAUCAAAGCCUCGGGCGGACGGACAGAUGGACAUGGCGAAACUAUAAGGUUUUCUAGAUGAAUACGAAACCCUAAUAAAUAAGCCCCAUUAUUUACUAAGUAUGUAAUGCAAUGACGUAAAUAUGAAAUGCAAUAAUAACCUUGUACGCAAUCAGAACUGGGCAAACAAUGGUUUCCGAUUUCCUUCCUUUGCAAAUGCAUCAAGAAAUUUUAUAUGAAUUAUAUGCAUGUAAAAUUCCGUAAACAAUGUUCACUGCCUACUUUAAUAAUUAUAGGUAUGGAAUUGUUAUAAUUAUACGGUUAUAAAUCUAAUUAAGUUUUUUUUUACUUCCAGCAGCAGCAGCUGCAGAAGUGCAUGGUCAUUUUGAUUUAUUUAUUUAUUUUAAAAUUUGAAUCAGGUUACAAGGCACAUAUUACAUCGAUAUUGAAUAGAUUUCCAUAUGAAUUAGUAAGCUCAUUAGAAGGUCGAACAUGUGGGCAAGUUAGAUCUAUGUUAAAGAAACAUAUGCUUAAAAUGCGAAAAUAAUGCAAAUUUAUAUAAAGAUGAAGUGUGCUGUAUAAUUAAUUCUACACGCCUAGACUCCUUAACUCAAAAAAUCUUUUUAAUUUAGGAUUAGUAGUUAAGCUAGAAAAAUGCAUGUUUUUUUGGUAUGAAAUAAACAGUUUUUUUUUUUAACAAAUAACAUAAAAUAAAAACUAUUUUGGAGGUGAACGGCGUGGCUCCGUGGAAUCGUCCGCUUUUGUGUCGGAUAGAAAUAUUAAAAUGUAAAUGCUUGAUUUGUUAAAGAAAA